AUGGAGAUCGAUAUGAGAUCUGGUGGGACAAAUGAAGCCACCGAGGUGACUCCCCUGAUCAUGCCCGCUCAUCGCCGACCCUGCGACGAAAAUUCCGAGACAGACGUAUCAACUAGCACGACCAUGAGCAGAUGCCCUAUUGACACGAGCUAUGUCAGAGAGAGCAUCCCUUAUAAAGAAUACGCCACCAUCGAUUGGCUGCAAGACCUCAUCAAGGGCAGCGAGAAACGGGGUCAAUUUUAUCAACACUCGCGAGGCGGGAUUCGUGACCGAUUGACUGAAAUGUGGGACUCAAUGCAGGGUUGGGUUGCGGCCUUUACGAUAGGCCUAAUAACAGCAGGCAUUGCGUCCAUGGUGGACGUGAGUGUUGAAACAGUCGCGGAUUGGAAGGACGGAUAUUGCAAAACCAACGUUUGGCGAAACCGGAGAGCAUGCCAUUCACCCGAUGGAAACACUGGGCACUGGAGAUCUUGGUCGGAGAACUUUGGUUCCUCGUAUUUGAUCUACAUUUGCCUCUCCUUGAUCUUUGCAAUUAUAGCUGGCGGCUUGACCACGACAACCAAGAUCAACUUGCCCGCUGUGGGGUAUCCACCUGGUCACAAAGACAACAAGAGCAAUGCCCCGCCAGGAUACACCGAUAUGUCUGCGGGGAAGACGAUGUAUAUGGCUGCCGGAAGCGGAAUCCCGGAGAUCAAGUCCUUCCUGGCAGGAUUCGACAUCCCAGGCCUCUUUGGCCUCAAAGUCCUGAUCAUCAAAGCGAUUGGAGCUACCUUUGCUGUGCCAACGGGUAUGUGCCUGGGAAAAGAAGGGCCAUUUGUUCACAUCUCCGCAUGCGUUUCAGUUAGCCAGAGGAGACUGAGGGAGAUGCUCAGCGUCGCAUGUUCUGCAGGCCUGUCCGUGGCUUUCGGCGCUCCCAUUGGAGGCGUCCUCUUCAGCUACGAAGAAAUCAGCACUUAUUUUCCACGUCAAGUCCUCUGGCAAUCGUGUCUCUGCUCCAUGGUCGCCGCCGCCGUGCUCAAAGAGCUCAAUCCAACCGGGACAGGGAAACUCGUCUUGUUCGAAACAAACUACGGCGUUAACUAUGAUGCGGUUCACUAUCUGACAUUCAUAGCUCUCGGCGUCUGCGGUGGUGUUUUUGGCGGAAUUCUUUGCCGAAGCAACUUCAUGUGGGCACAGUCUUUUCGGCGUCUUUCGUUCAUCAAAAACAGCCCGGUCUUUGAACUGGGCCUGGUAGCCUUGGUUACGGCUCUCCUCCAAUACCCCAAUCCUCUCAUUCGUGAAACGGGUGACAUUGUCAUGCAACGUCUGCUUGUCGAUUGCAAUCACAGCGAGCAGGAUUGGAUAUGUCAACAGGAAGCCAAGCUCACUGGUAAGGGUACAUACUCUGCGUGGCUUAUUUCCGGCUCGCUGUUCAAGCUGUUUUUGACCAUUAUUACCUUUGGCUGCAAAGUUCCAUCUGGGGUAAUUAUCCCAGCUUUGGAUGCUGGCGCCCUCUUUGGACGUCUGGUUGGCCAGCUGUUUGUUGACAUCUCACCCGGGAUUUUUGCCAUGGUAGGAUCGGCCGCAUUUCUCGCUGGAGUCAGCCGAAUGACUGUCAGCUUGGCAGUCAUCAUGCUGGAGCUGACUGGCGAGGUCAACUUUAUUCCACCCUUUUUGGUCGCUAUCCUCACAGCAAAAUGGGUUGCCGAUUGCAUAUGCGAGGAGGGCAUCUACGAGCUGUCUCAGCACAUAUUCGGCCAUCCCUUCCUAAACUCUGAUCAAGCCCUCGCCAAGGUCAGAAAGAUUAGAGCAUCUGGCGACGCUGCCACUGUGGAGCUUCUCGUGCCGCCUGCCAGCAUCAUGGAAGGAAUGACAAUGUCCAUGGGGCCGAGCUACAGAGUCUCUGCAAUUGCGCUCCGACAAAAAUUAGACAACCUCAAAGCUCAAGGCUUAAGCGAAUCCGGACUUGUGGUGGUAAACGAACAUGGCCGAUGCUAUGGUUAUGUCUCGGAUUUGGAGCAUGCCUCGCGAGCGAUUGACCAAACGCAAGGGUGGCAAGGGACAAGCGAGCUAAGUGUGUUGGAAGGCGCAUUGUUUGAGUGCAUCGAGCGAAACCCCUUGUCUAUUCCAGGAGACGCACCCUUGGAGAUUGCGGCGGAGCUAUUUAGCAAGUUGGGUACUGGGCAACUGAUAAUUGUCGAGGCAGAAACUGCCAAGGUGAUUGGAGUGGUUGUGAGAAAGCGCCUGUUGCAAUUUCUCAAGGCCUAG